AUGGCCUCCACAAACGAGAAUAAGCACGACCUUUGGUUCUUGAAGUCCAAGUUUCCGGUCUUCUUGCCAUAUCACCAAGCUCUCAGUGCCCCCGAAAAUGAAUUUGAUGCCUUCAUCCAGCAGGGUGUGAAGCGGCGAAAUGACGAUAACACUGCAGAAGCGCAUCACUCAGACGACGACACUACCACAGCAGCUGAGUCUGAGCCUGUCCUUGUGUCUGAUGCUUCCACCACUGCUGGUCUGAGGGAGGAUCUCGUCAAGAUUACGGUCGGAGAUGACGAAGACGCUUCCAUGGCUGACGUGGGAGACGCCGGCGCAGACAACCAGAAACCCAUCCACGGUCAUCCCUUCAUGGAUGCCCUCCACUCCCACCAGGACAAGGCGGACGAGCGGCUCCCCUCACUCAUAGACAUGGAGAACAAGAUGCUCACAGAGAACGCCGAUGUUGCCCACCGCUCGACCAACCAUGUCCUUGUGGACUUGUUCACAGAACUGGAGGAUGUCAUCUCUGGACCUCGGCUCCUCGAGCUUCUCGAUCAGGCCUGGCGUUAUGACUCCGCCGCAACCCUCAAGAUCAUAUUCAAUGCCCGCUCGAUCCAUCUUGGCAAAGCUUCCCGACAAACCUUCUACCGAUGCGCCGGAUGGCUCGCCAAGUACCACCCCUUGACCCUCAUUGCCAACCUUCCAUGGCUGAGCCGUCCAGUCAUUCAAAAGAAGGCAGAGAAGAAGGACGCCGAGAAGAAAAUUGACGAAGAGGAGAUGGUAUUUGUUGAGCAAGAGAUGGACGAGGAUGAUCCAGCGCGCUUUGAUAUCAAGAAUGGUGUUGCCCACGGAUACUGGAAGGACCUGGUCAAUAUGCUCGCCUUGUACGUCAAUGGCAAACUGGACGUUCUCGCCAACCCACGUGACAUUCUCAACAUCGAGCGGGAGACAUCCAAGAAGAAUUGGCCCCAGACUCAAGAGAUAGCCAAGAACCUGAGGCAUGAAAAGAGGGACAGUCGCCACGAGGCCGCUGUCAAGGCAUUCGAAGAGGACGCCGUCUAUCGAGCUUUGCACAUGACUGUAGCUCGUCUUUUCGCCGCUCAGCUUCAGAGCGAUUUGAAGCUACUCCGUGGCGAUGACCCGAAGGCAAAGAAGAAUGUGUCGCUUUGUGCCAAAUGGGCGCCAUCCAACACUGGCUUCCAUGACAAACACACCUGGAUUUCCACCUCGAUCGCCGAGAUCAUGCACCCGAUCUCAAACUUUGCGGGCUUUGCUGAGUAUGACGAGGGCAACAAGGAGCAGCGCGAGUUCUACCUUCGACACGCUCGCGAGUCUUACCGCAAGGACGUGGCGGCGCUCCGCAAGCACCUUGAAUGCGUUGAGAGGGACAUCACAGCCAAGACCUUCGGAAAUAUUCACUAUGAUCGUGUGCCAUCCUUGGCAAUGAACAACUACGCACCGCUCUUCGCUCAGAAGGAUACCGAUCGUUUCGAGGAGUACAUAGACAAAGUUGCCAGUGGCAAGGCCCAGAUUUCCGGCGCAACUCUCCUGCCAAGCACGCUGAUCAAGGCUGUACGAACGGCGCCUCUCCAUGGCGACUACGACAUCAGUCAAAUAGGUGGCAAGCGCAAGGCCAAGGGGACCAAGAACCUUGUCGACGCGAAGAUGAAGCAGCUGGAGGCCAAGAGUCUCGACGGCCAAUGGAAGUCUCUUGUCCAGCGUAUUAGGGACUCGGGCACACUUGAGAAUUGCAUCGCCGUCGCCGAUGUCUCCGGCUCGAUGAUGAGUCCCACGUUCCCCGACGGGACCACCCCCAUGGACACCUCAAUCGGUCUGAGUCUGCUCGUCGCUGAGGUGACGAAGCCUCCUUUCGGGUCGGCGUUUAUUACAUUUUCAGACAAUCCACGUGUGCAGAAGAUCGAUCUGACAAAGAGCCUGCACGGCAAGUACGAUGAGCUGGCCAGAUCUGAUUGGGGCAUGACGACCGACUUCGUCGCCGUUUUCGAGAGGCUGAUCCUGCCAAUGGCCACUGAGAACAAGCUUUCCCAGGAGGACAUGGUCAAACGCGUUUUCGUGUUCUCAGACAUGCAAUUUAAUUCGGCUAGCUCAGGAUACGGCAAAGACAAGUGGUCUAGCUCUUACGAGAGGAUCCAAAAGAAGUUCCGGGAGGCGGGAUAUGAGAUGCCAGAGUUGGUGUUCUGGAAUCUUGCAGGCGGCCGGGCCGGCUACGCCGGGGCUCCGCCGUCUUUCGAUGCCGGAGACCCAGUGGCCCCGAAGCCUGUCACGGCUUAUGAAUUGGGCACGGCGCUGGUCAGUGGGUACUCACAGGGAAUGCUCAAGGUCUUCCUCGACGGCGGCUCGUUCGACGACGAAGAUACCGAGGAGGAGAUUGUUGAGAAGAUUGGAGACGACGGUGAGGUCAUCGUGGAGAAGAAGCGCCAGAAGCUGGACCCGAUCAGCGUCGUCAAGAGGGCCAUCGGCCAUCCGGCUUACAAAAUGUUGCGCGUGGUUGACUGA